UCAAGUCACUCUCUUUCUCUCAGAGAGGCCUUUUCUUUUGACAACCACCUAACUCCGAUCAUCGACAACAUAAACCCUCAUCCAUUGUCCACGUAAACAUCCGGGCACCGACAAAGUAAAUCUCCAGCAAACUUCUCCCACUAUUUGAUUAUUUCCUUUCGGGAUGUGGCGAUAAGCAAGGGUCUGGAGAGUUUAAAAAAGUUGGAGUUUGCUGUUGAGGAGGCUUGAGUUAAAACCAGCCAACAAGACUUGGGUUAGAGAGUUGAAAGAAACAAAAAAACAAAACAAAAAAGAAAAAGAAAAAAGAAAACAUGUGUCUUUUUGUAAGGAGGCCACGUCCUAUGUCAGGAACCAAGCAUAACUUCCCUGUCACAGGCCACUGAAGGCAAACCACUGGUAUUCUCGAGCUUUUGGAAGGGUCCACAUCGGCGGUGCAGGAGUCAAUCACAAAGAUGCUCUUCCCUUGGAGAUGCUCUUAUCAGACGCAAAAAUCUCGCAAUAUUCACCAGUCACCUACACAAGCCACGCGCUCCCUUAACAAACGCAAACUACAAGCUGCCAUCUGCACCGCUCAUCUUAAACCCAACGCAGUUUUCAUUCUGUGUAUCUCGCCUUCUCCUUAGCGCGUAUACAUCAGAUCACAGCCUUCGAGACUGUAGAGACGGCGAUUCUCCGACUAGCAGAAGAUGAAGAUUUUUGUCAAGACUCUCAAGGGCACUCACUUCGACGUCGCAGUGAAGCCUGAGGACACGGUUUCUGAUGUGAAGAAACAGAUAGAAACUAGUCAAGGUUCAGAUGUAUAUCCUGCUUCACAACAGAUGCUAAUUCAUCAAGGAAAAGUACUUAAAGAUAGCACAACAUUGGACGAAAACAAAGUUGCUGAAAACAGCUUUGUUGUGAUAAUGUUGACUAAGAGUAAGAGCUCGCUUGGUGAAGGUUCAGGUGCAUCAACUGCGACUAUAACUAAGGCACCACAGCCAAGUGCACCUUCUGCUGCUCCAACUGUGACAUUAACGGCACCUCAGGCUCCAAUACCAACCUCAGCAUCGCCUGCUUCGGUUACCACACCUGCUCCUGUCUCUUCAGCUACCAUGGAGGUAGAAUCUAAUCCCUACGGCCAAGCAGCAUCUGAUCUGGUAGCUGGAACUAACUUGGAGGGAACAAUUCAGCAAAUUCUGGAUAUGGGUGGAGGUACUUGGGACAGGGAUACUGUUGUACGUGCUCUUCGUGCUGCUUUCAACAACCCAGCGAGAGCUAUUGACUAUCUUUAUUCUGGUAUCCCUGAGCAACCCGAAGUUCCACCUGUAGCCCAUAUUCCUGUGAGUGGGGAAGCUGCAAACCUUCCAGCACAAUCUCCACAAUCAGCACAACCAGCAUCCACUCCUCCAAGCGGACCUAAUGCCAAUCCUUUAAACCUUUUUCCCCAGGGUCUUCCAAAUGUGGGUGCUGGUGGUGCUGGUGCAGGCAAUCUUGAUUUUCUGCGUGACAGCCAACAGUUCCAAGCCUUGCGAGCUAUGGUGCAGGCUAAUCCACAAAUAUUGCAGCCUAUGCUUCAAGAGUUGGGGAAACAAAAUCCUAAUCUUAUGAGGCUAAUUCAACAGCAUCAGGCUGACUUCCUUCGCCUGAUUAAUGAACCUGUAGAAGGUGGAGAAGGGAACAUAUUGGGCGAUGCAGCAGUGCCGCAGUCAAUAAGUGUUACUCCUGAGGAGCGUGAAGCUAUAGAACGUCUUGAAGCAAUGGGAUUUGAUCGAGCAAUUGUAUUGGAGGUGUUCUUUGCCUGCAACAAGAAUGAAGAGUUGGCUGCCAACUACCUCUUAGACCACAUGCAUGAAUUUGAGGAAUAAUAAUCUAUGGAAGAUCAGCCAUCCAACCCCCCUGUUAAAUAUAAAUAGAAAAAAAGAAUAUAAAAACCCGCUUCUCAGGGCUUUCUUUUGAAUUUUAUUGCAAUUUUAUUUUCUUUCACAUUUAGCCUUUUUUUUAUAGUUUGGAGUUUGGAUUAUGUGGAUUGUCAAUAGUGUACUAGAAAUGUCAAGUCAGAAGUUUCUUCCCAAAUCCAAUCUUCAUUUCUCAGCUACAUGCAAUUAAAUUUUUUUAUUUUUGGGUCGAUUUCUUAUGUCGUGAAUAUGAAUAAGUUUUGAACUAGCCCAAUUUCUAGUUAUGAUGCAGUUGGGUGAAAGUCAUACA